AUGAGCCAGGCUGCAAGAUUCGGCGCGAGACAUAUUACCCGUGGCAUUGGUCGCAUGUCACAGCAUGUUCUGAAGUCAGGCAGAGGCGCGUUUGUUAUGACAGAUGAGGGCAAGCGGCUUCUUGACAUGACAUCAGGUAUUGGUGUGGUGAAUCUUGGACAUUGCCAUCCAGCAGUAACAAAAGCGGCACAAGAACAAUGUGCCACGAUCACACAUGCCCAGGUAAACAUUGGCUACAGUGUUGCGCAACUUGACCUUGUCAAAGAGCUUCUGACUAUCAUGCCACACCCGUCACUCGAUACGUUUUUCCUCUGGAACUCUGGUUCUGAGGCCGUUGAGGCUGCCAUCAAGGUAGCUCGUAUGGUCACAGGUCGACCUAAUCUCAUUGUCGUUCAAGGCUCAUACCAUGGUCGCACGAAUGCAACUGCUUCUAUGACACGUAGCAAGACCGUGUACAGUGAGGGGGUGAGCCCUUUCAUGCCCGGGGUCUACACGACGGAUUUCCCGUAUUACGCUCACAUGUUCAAGCCAGUGAACACACCGACUGACGAGCUUGUGGACUUUUGUCUGAAGCGUCUUGAGCUUAUGCUUAAGCAAGAAACAUCGCCUCGUGACACAGCUGCUUUUAUUCUGGAGCCUGUGCUGGGAGAGGGUGGCUAUGUUCCUGCGCCAUCGGCAUAUCUGCACGGUUUGCGGUCCAUUUGUGAUAAGCAUGGCAUCAUGCUUGUCGCCGACGAAGUCCAGUCCGGAUUUGGCCGCACUGGCAAGAUGUUUGCAGUGGAACACUCGGGAGUGCGACCGGAUAUGAUGACAUUUGCCAAGGGUCUUGCCAAUGGAUACCCUUUGAGUGGCCUGGUUGCUAGCAAGGCUGUCAUGGAUGUGAUGCCACCAGGCUCGAUGGGUGGCACGUAUGCGGGCAAUGCUGUAGCUUGCGCUGCUUCUCGCGCUACCAUUGAGACAUUCAGGAGGGAGCGCGUGCUGGAAAAUGUGGCUGCUCGAAGUGAGCAGCUGAUGAAAGCCCUAACAAACAUGCGGCAACAGCCCUUUGGCCAUGUCAUUGAGGAUAUUCGGGGCUUGGGGUUGAUGAUAGGUGUGCAGUUCCAAUCGAACUCGUCCGAGCCGAUUGCGCCUAGGCUGUCGCAGGCAUGCUUGAAGCGUGGCAUGCUAUUGAUGAGCACAAGCUCAUUUGAUGUGAUACGCUGGAUUCCUCCACUCACGGUGUCGGAGGAGGAGUUGGCACAAGCAGUCGAGAUUUUCCAAGCGUCUCUGGAGGAAGUUGUGUCGCAGCAGUCAUAG